GGCAUUGAUCUCACCAACAUCUGGCAUGCAGGGCAUCUGUUCACACAUAGUUAGUUAUCUACUAAAUUACCUUCUACGUUUCCAUUGUGACUUUUUCGCUUUGUGUUAAAACCUAAGUUUUAUUUGGUGCUGCAGAUAUUGACUAACACCAUGCACGAACCAUUGUUGACUCUAUUGUUCGUGAUACCUCUGGCUAUGGCGGACUUUCCGAUCGUGAAAAAUAUCCCUUGUAAACCUCAGAUGUGGAUAGAAAACCACGACGCUCAUGAAUGGGAAUGUGGCAUGGAGUCCGUGCAUGGAGGAGUGAAUGAGAAAGAGGGAAAAGAAAAAAUUGCAGACUUCUUCAUCAUAUUGAACAACAUGGAUCCACAAGAGAACGCGGUAUUUUGUACAGCUACUAUAGAAGGAGCACAAACCGAACUGUAUUGGCUGACCAAAUCAGGGACGGAUUUUACUCACGGGUUUGUCUUUCAAUACGAUAAACAAACCGUCAGGUUUGGAAUCAGGGGAAAAAAGCAUCAAAAGGUUUUAUUACAUGGGAGAUUUCAGCUCUAUGGCAACAGAGUACCUACCAGAUACAGCAUCUCCUGCGGUGCUGGGAGAAAUGGUAAGUCAUGUCCGGCUAAUCUAAAGUUCGAAAUCAGAAACCGAAAGGACUUGGGGUAGAGAGCUGUAGUUGGAGGUUGAAACGGAAAAUUUAAAGUCAAAAUAAAUUGAGUUGUUGAUGACAA